AUGGGCCCUCCAAUGCAAAAUGUUUGCAUUCCUAUGCACUUGGACGCCUUCGCCUUGUCUCCAAAACUCUGCGAUCCCUCACGCCAAUCAAAGAUUGCUCCAUACACUCAACCCAACUACACUGCUUUGCGCCUCAACAGCCAUCUUUUGCAACAUGAUAUCCUCGAUCAUGUCGACUUUCACAAUACCCAACCGGCCACGCGAAAUUCCCGGACUGCUGAUAUUGGAUCCUCACCUCCAAACAAUCUGCUGUUGCAUCGAAUGGGCGUACAUUUGCAAUGGUCUCUGCCUCGAUGCUAUCGCACUGCUGCUGCUACUGGACGAACAUCCAGUAGUUCCAAAGCUGGAUCGACUGCAGACCCAGCUCAGCCCACGUUCCGCAAGAUUCCUAACCGGUGGUUAAUCACCAGGCGUCUCAAGACACCCACUAAACCUCCUCCUGGGGUCAAUCCCUUCCAAAGUUGGGUCGUUGAGAGCGAUGUGGUUCAGAAGAUUAAGGAAAUUCCAGCCGUAAUAGACUUGGAGAGCGGCGUAUCACCCUUUGUCUCUUACGAUGGAGCGGAUCCUCAAGAUCCUAAAACUAAUGACCCAGCCUCCAACCCCAACUUGCUAAACGAGCAAACAGAAGUUUUCUUGGGUCAAAAGUUUGAUCUUCAGAGCUGGCCUGGUACCACUCCAAGGAACUACCUCCCAGGUGGCCUAACGGUCAUGAGUUCUUCAAAUCCUUACUUUGCGGACAAUGCUCUUCACAAUGCCAACGUUCUAUCCAUCAUCGACAACUUUUCCUAUCCACGCAAUCCAAACGACUCAAAUCCCAGAGACGACAACUUUAGUUACUUGAGCAACGCCACCUGUGAUUACUUUGUCAUUGGAUGGCACAGUGACCCCAAUGAUGACCCUUUCAACACCAAGCUUGAUCCUUUGAGUACUUCCAACUUGAGUACUCGACUCUCGGACCUCAUGAUGCAACUCAGCCCCAAAGAGGCAGGGGAUGGUGGCAAGUUCAAGAACAAGCAGGAUCCAACAAGAUGUCUUGUGCAUGGCGCUAUCUACGACGUAAGCUAUGAUUUUAACAACCCACCCGCUCAAAGUGUCGCAGAGGACGGUGCAAAGCUUUUCAAACCAGAGGCCAAAACCAAGAUCGAGCCCUUGUCCAUCGGAACGACUGCGCUCGACAGCAUUCUAACCUUUCUGGAUGCCCAUCAACACGACUCCGACCAAGCCAGCCCAUUUGGUCCAGGAGGUAGCACUCUGGCUCAUCAAAUAGUCGAACUUUCUCAACUCCUUUAUGCAGCUGGUGACCAGUAUGAUUCUCGUGUCCAAGCUCAAGACAUGAUUGCUCAGCAGAACUUUUCAAAGAUUGAUGGCGGUUCUCGUUGGAGUUACUCCAAAGGUGCUCAAAGCCAAGGCUCAAAACAGCCUUUGUCCAAUACUGGCCAACCUAAUAUUCCCUCAGGGGACGAACAAACCAUACUGGAACAGCUUAACCAAAAGCAGUUGGCACUGGACGUAGCAACUCGCAAGUUGUCCUGGCUGCAAUGGUCGCUAUUUGCUGAAUGGUUCAAAUACAAGAGCCAGUUUAUUCCCACUGUGGGGCGUUCCGCAGUGCUCAAAGCAUAUAAAGAUGCAGUUCAACCGAUCAAGGACAGUAUCAACGGCGCCACCAACGCCGAUGGAACGGUUGUCACGGGCCUCAACAGUUACAUCAAGUCGCUGAACAAAGAGAUAUCGGAUUUGCAAAAGAAGGUUGAUUGCAAGUUGUCUGCCAGAGAACCUUAUCGACUGCGCUCCGAUCCCACGCUUUCCAUCGUGGGUUUGGACUCUGGCUGGCCGGUAGAUAUAAUGGACACUCUGCAGGUCUUACUCGAUGAGGAGCUGUCGAAGGAUAUCACUACCGCCAAGACUAUCUUUGGAUCAUUAUCAAAUCCUGUCCCCAAGGAUAACAGUCUUGAUGUUACAGCCGCCAAAAUACUAGCCGAAUGUAUGGCAACCACCAACGCGGGAACCACCAACGGCAAAACCGGUGCUCCAAAGAUUACGGGUUUUCAGUCUUGGGGUAAUCGUAACCCCUUUGCUCCCCUAUUUAUUGAAUGGGAAGGACUCUACUACCACAUCGACAAAGACGUAUGGGACGUUGAACUACGUCCAAGUCCUGUUGGACAUCCUAUCUCUCAGGUUCGCUACGUCCCAGGGCAAACUUUGUUGACGGCAGAUGCGGCAAAUGAUGCGGAAAAUCAGGCAGACUUCCGUACUCUGAAUGGAAGGGUCAUGGUCUUGCCUCAGCCAACGCUGAACCUAGAGACCAUGGUUGCUCAAGUGCUUCAGAACAAAUCCAACGUCAUCCCUCCAGAUAUCGACCCUGCUGUUUUGCAGCAGCAGAUCCGCAAGAUUAAAUUCUUGUCUGCCCCGUUGUCUGGCUUGACAAACCAUCUGAUCACAAGAGUUCAAGGUGCACAUGUGAAGCCAAACGUGAGGGUGCAAGGUCAGAAUGUGAUUCCAUUGACUGCGGCAGAUGCAAGUGAGAUUGGGAUAGACGUUGGAACUUUGGCCCUGGUGGACGCUCAAAGUGCGUUGACUCCAUACUGUUCACUCAUGGCAUUUCCACUGGAUGAUUAUCCAAACAAUCCGUUCAAGCCUGUCACGCAUGGGCAGAUGGUGCUCACAAAACUCAACAUCGUCGACAAGUUUGGACAGGCAAUCACUAUGCCAGACCUCAAUCGACGGCUCGUCAACCAGCCAAAGCCUCCAGAUGCCAAGAUCUACCCAAGUUUGAGCGAUUACUUGGCGCCAGAUAUUAUCCAAGUUGACGAUGGAAGGGGAGGAAAGAAGAAGGUUUUGAAUACACUGUUUCCGACGCCAGAUCCGGUUGUUGAAGGCUCGUGGCCAGUAUCUCAGUUCAUUCAACUUACUCCAGCCAUCAACCAGGACGCAAGGAUCAACGGCGUCUUCCUCACCCAAGACACAAUCGCACCAGAUAAAUAUUCGGCUUGGAGAGAAGCUACAGACUUUGAGUCUCCAAUCUGGGGCUGGCUCGUGGUCAACUAUGCUGACAACGGCUUGCAAUUCUUCCUUGGGGACGGCACCUUUUACCGCGAGAUCCGUAAGGGGGGAGUAAAUGGUACCAAUGUUUCAGCCAAAUGGCUACCCUACCCAGCACCAAAAGGCAAUCUUGUUCCGAGUGAUGCUGGGACAUACCAGCUCAGCAAGCUGCUUGACCAACUCUCACCAGAGGUCGACACAGAUGGGACAUACCUGCAAGCCUUUUUUGACAUGAUCAACGGAGCGAUUCAAAACAUGCCCUUUCCGCCGUCAAGCUAUUCCGCCUACGCCAAUGCCAUUGUCGGUAAGCCGCUGGCCCUUGUCAACGCUGGCUGGAGCAUAGAGCUAGCGCAACCACCGCUAGAGCCUCAGUUUGGUUCCAUAUCUAGCAGACCGGACAGUUGGAAAGGUGAACUUGAGAGAUACGGGUUCAAACUGAAGAUUGGUGAUGCGGCUCGGAAUUUCGACGGCGUUGUCGGUUACUUCCUGUCCUCCAACGCCGCUGCACCAGGAUCAGAGAGUAAUACACCAGAUCCACAGCCGGUGACAGAGUGGGAUACGCUGUACACUUAUUUCCCACGGGAAGGGAACUCACAGAAGGGUAUUCAAGGCAUUUCUCCAGGGAACUACCCUGUCUUGAACCCGUAUUACUUGCAUCCCGAACCAGAGAAGACAGCCGAUCUGGUCGAGGCCAAGAACAGAAAAUACCUCGUCACCUCGCUCUUAGUAGAUCCGUACACGCCCAUUCACGGAUACUCACCAAUCCUUCCAGCCAAGUCACUAACGAUACCAGACUGGGCAGUAAAGGUGGCUAUGGAUAAGAUGCAUGCUUUCUUCCACCUGGGGCCCUCACUUGUGACUUCUGACGUCCCUCCCACCUACGCAGAGGCGAACGCAAGCAAUCCCGACAAAACACCAAAGAAUACAGUUGGCCUCCCUGUGUCGGGAAGCAAAGGCACAUGGACAUGGCUGCAGCCUUACGCUCAGAAUGGAUAUGCUGAUGAUGGUACUGAGUUGUCUGCAGAGUAUGCAACUAUGGGAGUCAAUGUAGAUGUCGGUGAGGUGAAGUUCAAGCCAGCGCCAUACACACUCUUGGAAGGAUACUUGCAGUUGAUGGGAAAGUUGGAUAAUACAGGGGGGACAUAG